AUGUGUAGAGUGCAUUUUCUUACGUAAUUUUUAUUUCAAUCCACAAGUGUUAGCAACAACUCCAAAUAGCAACUAAGUGUAGUUGUUACACUUUCAAAAUCAAAAUGUAGAUUCGAAAUUUGUAAAAAGUAUGAUAUAUUUUUGUAAGGAAUAAAAAAUAUUUUUAAUUAAUGUAUAAAGUAUUUUAAAAGAUAAUUGUAUAGAAACCAUGGCAUCUACAAGGAUAUCACUUCCAAUAGUUAAAGUUUUUAUUAAAAAAACAAUAUUUUUUGGAAAUGUUCUAUUUCGUAGACAUUUAUUAAUAACCAAUACAGUUAUUUCUACACUUAUGGGUGGUGCUGGUGAUUUAAUCGAACAACAUUACGAGAUUUUAAUGGAAAAGAAAAAUAAAAUAAAUUAUUUACGCACUUUACAUAUGUGUGUGGCAGGAACGACGACUGGUGCCACUUCACAUUAUUGGUAUAUAUUUUUGGAUAAAUGGCUACCCACGAAAUGUUUUAAAACUGUAAUGAAAAAGGUGUUAUUUGAUCAAAUUUUAUUUUCUCCAGUUUGUAUAACAGUGUAUUUUGGAACAUUAGGAAUACUUAGAGGAUUGACAGUUGAGAAUUUUAAAGAAGAAUUAUUACAUAAAGGAUCUGACAUAUAUAAAGCAGAAUGGAUCGUAUGGCCUCCAGCACAGAUGUUAAACUUUUAUGUCUUACCCACGAGAUUUCGUGUUCUGUUUGACAAUUUUAUUUCAUUAGGAUUUGAUAUANUUUUUUUUUUUUUUUUUUUUGUUUUAAUACCAUUUAGGGGAAUUGAAUUGAAUUGA